GGCCUCGGUCCUCCUAUUUCUCUCUCCACGGAGUGUUGGGGGAAAAUGGGUGGCUCACUGUGGCUCCUCUUCAUUUAUUCUUGAUGCCUUGCUGCGGUGUUCCUCGGGAAUGCCACUGGGCUUACACAGCUGGUCUCCGGCGGCUACGGUGGAUGGGCGUUUAUGCCAGCACUAUGGGACUGAGUACCACUGUCUUAGUGAUGGCCUUCCUGCUCUCUGGUGCUGCUUCCAUGGAGAGGCAGGCAUAUUUCAACAAGACUGGAGACCUUCCAUGUGAGUUUGUAAACUCUGAAGAGAUAAGCCUGGCUGACCUGGUGGUAUUUUGGCAACACGAGAAAAAGAUGGUUCUUUAUGAACUAUACAGAGGCCAAGAGAAACCUCAAAAUGUUAAUGCCAUCUACAAGAAUCGCACAAGCUUGGACCAGUAUAAUUUGACCUUGCGACUCCACAAUGUUCAAAUCAAGGACAAGGGAUUGUAUCAAUGUUUCAUCCAUCAUUUCAAAGAGUCCCAAGGAAUGAUUCCCAUCCACCAAAAGGAUAUCAACCUAUCAGUGCUUGCGAACUUCAGUCAACCUGAAAUAAUGCUAAUUUCUAAUAGAACAGAAAAUUCAAACAUAAAUAUGACCUGCUCAUCUGUACAAGGUUACCCAAAACCUAAGAAGAUGUAUUUUCUGCUAAAAACCAUAAAUUCAACAUACGAGUAUGAUGCUGACAUGAAAAUAAUCCAAGAUGAUGACACAGGACUAUACAAUGUUUCUAUCAGCUUGUCUUUUCUGGUGUUUCCUGAAACAAAUACGAGCAUCUUCUGUGUCCUGCAACCCGAGUCAACCCAGAUACAGCUUCUUUCCCAACCUUACAAUAUAGAUGCGAAGCCACCUCAGCCACCCCUGCCUGCCCGGGACAAUGUCCUCCUGACUGCUCUGCCUGUACUGUUCAUUGCGUGUGCGAUCCUAGUGUUAUUUAUGACACUAACGAAAAGGAAGAAGAAGAAGCCUGGCCCCUCUCAUGAAUGUGAAGUCAUCAGAGCAGAAGGGGAAGAAAGUGAACAAGCCAAUGAAAGAAAACCGUACACCUGAAAGAUCUAAUGAAGCCCAGUGUGUUGUCAACAUUUCAAAGACAGACCCAGGUGACAAAAGUGCUGCACAUUUUUAAUUAAAGAGUAAUGUCCAUUUGACUAUUUUUUAAAUAUGUGGGUUGUUCCUCUUUCUUUUUCCCUUUUUAAAUUAAAUGUAUUGGAAUUACAUUGGUUAAGAUUAUGUGGGUCUCAAGUGUACAAAUUCUAUGAUACAUAUGCUUUCCUUUACAAGUUUUGGGGUGACUUUUUUUUUUUUGUCUCUCUAAACCUUCCCAGUUUAGAAAAUAUUACCAUUAAUAAUAGUGGAGGCUCUAGGCCUCCCUCUAAAUGAAAUAGCCUCCUUAUAAUGCCAGUUCUGCUCCCUAUGCCAGGAGCAGAUUUUAUCUGCUUCUUUUCAGAGCACACGGAUUGGAUCCUAAUGUUUAGGACUAAUGCCUUCUGUGUCAGAGUUGGUCUCUUUUCUUAAUUUUACAAACUGUGCUUUCUGUAGAACUCCCACUUCCUAGAAUAGUGACUUUUAUCUACUCUGAAUUCUAAGGUAAUGCCACAAGCUAUCUUGUAUACUUAUGACUGAACACCUACCUUCUCAGUCUGAGAGGGAGCUAUAUAUUUUAUGUCUUCGAAGUGUUAAUAUUAACAUUUUGAAAUAUAAAAAAAGUACUCUACUAAUGUAGUAAUUAUGAUGCCUUGAGAAAUGUCCACCCUUUGCCAAGGAGUUGUUGUUCUUCUCUGAUGAUCAGUAAGGAAAGCAGACAAACUCAAAAUUUGGGAGACUAAGUGAGUCGGAGAUGGCAGCACCAUGGAUCCUGGAGUCAUUUCUAAAUGGGCUGUUGCUAACACCAAGGAAGACCUAUGUGCCCUACAAGCUAUUGAUAAGCCUUAGGAGAGAACGCUGGAUAAAGCAGGACAGUGCCAUGCUUCAUGAACCCUACUUCUCUUCUAGAAAAUACUGACUGAGAUUGUGGCCUAGGCAACCGUGCAAAAGCCAACAGAGAGAUCACAAUACUCAAAA